AUGGUUGUUGUAGCAGCCGCUGGCGGUACCGGUACGGUAGGCCGCAAUAUUGCUGAGGCUCUCAUUGCUCAGGCGAACCACGAGGUCAUCAUUCAGAGCCGCACAGCCAAUCCCCUCAAGGCAAAGGAAAUCGGCGUUCGAGCUAUUGGAACAGAUUACAAAGAAGUGUCAGCAACCAGAAAGAUUCUCGAGGACAACAACGUCCACACGGUGAUCUCUGCCUUGAUCAGGAUGCCAGGCACGGCCGGACCCUUUGGAACCGAAUCUCAUCCUAGCCGCCGACGAUUGUAA